CUUGUACAAUGGCUGCUCUCGUUGCAGCCCUCGUCGUAUCUCUUUCACGGUUUUGUUGUGAAAAUUUAAUCGCCCAAGCACAAUCAAACAACAACAGUACCGUAUCGAAUUAUAUUACAUAAAUUCGGAACACAACAAGAUAUAAACAACUUAUUCAAAACGCGUGUUGUGCAUAUCUUUCAUUUUGUUCUUGUUAAUAAAUGGAAUCAUACUAGCUUCUUUUCUAAUUCCGGGAUUUAAGGCGUUCGUGCGUGUUUUAUGUGUAUUUCUAGUGCAUACAAGUAACUAUGAAUUUACGUGGAUUGUGCACAAGAGAGACCGGACAGGCUCUCUAAUCAGCUAUACUUCAUGUUUACAUUGUACUUGUAUUACGGAUUAUUUUUCUCUUGGGCUUGAACGAACAAAAAGUGCUGCUGAUUUUAUCAUCGUACUUUUCUUUGAAAGAGAAAGAUAAAAAGGAAAAUCACGACAAAUUCAUCAAAUAUUUGUUAUCUUCAACUGCGGCACGGUACAGUGUUGGAAUUCUUCACACGACGAGGAUAAUGCUCUCGAAACUCGUUUAGGAUCUCUGAAAGGACGUCGUUACGACAAAUUGGAAACUCGAUGAGUGAAUAACGUAUCAAAAAUUCAAACAUGGAUGACCGAAACCUGAUAGCAGCGCCAUCAAGCAUAGAACCAGUACCACAAACAACAACAGUAGAAGAAACAGUUCUAAAAUCUGAGGGGCAUGCUGAUUUUCCAGCUGGAGGAGAAUCGGUGGAUAAAAGAGAGGAGAAUUCUAACGAUAAGGGAAAACAAUCUGCAGAAAUAAUCACCGACGAUGGAAAGUGUUCUUUGGAAGAGGCGGAAGAGAAGAUGAACUCUGAUGGAAAUAUUGACAAAAACAUUGUAGAAUUCAAGUCCACCAGGAAUGGUGAGGAAGACAAAAAUGAAAGAAUCGAUAAAACAUAUCCGAGCAAGGCCGACAAGGAUGAUGGAGAAGGAUUGGCAACGUUUAGGGAGGCCAAUGAUUUAAUGGUGGAAAAAAUCAACGAUAAAAGCAAUACAAAUGACGGCUCAAACGAAACGGAUAACCAAAUACCUACCAACGAGAAUUUAGUGCCUGAUAUUUGUAUUGCUUCUGCAACAGGGAGCGAGGCAAAAAAGAAUGAGGAAAAUGCCCCAAUCAACAAAUGUGCGGAAUCACAAGUAUGCGAAGACUCGAAAGAUGGUUCUAAUGUGGUAGAAAAUAUGUCGUCCGAAGUUGACGUCAAAGAAAUUGGCGUCGAUGUACCGGUGGUUACCGAAAAAACGACACAAAAAGUUUCCACGAUCGAGCAAAGUACAGAAAUAAUAGAAAUCGUGGAAUACACAGAUAAAACUCAAGAAUCUGUGACAGAGAGUUUCGAAUUGUCCGUACAAUCGAGCGAGGAAAGUAACGCGAAUGGGAUUCAGUCCGUUGAGAUUGAAAGUGCAAUAAAAAAUGAAACAAUUGUGACCGCUGAGAGAGAGGAGUCACCGAAUGAGCAUUUAAUUUCUGAAAAGUCGAUAAGUAGGAAUGAAAAUGUGGAACAAACGUUGGACCCACGAGAGGCAUUAAAGAAUGGAGAAUCACCGGAAGCGGAGAAAACGAGCGACUCCUCCUGCUCGAGGAUAUCAACGCCGUCCGAAAAUCCGUUGAAACAGCGUAGCGUGAUUGAGGACAUUUAUGACGACUGGCAGGACGACAAUGUCGAAGAUGAGGCAUCGCAGCAGCUGUCAAAGUCUCACGAUUCCGUAGAAAUGGAAUUGAAGAUUUUGCUGCACGAUGAAAAAUCGACCGACGAAUCUUGUCAAAUAAAAAAUGAUGACAAAGGUUCGAACAGGAUGAAAGAUGGAAUAUCUGAAUGUACAGAAAAAUCGAGUAAUUCGAGGUCAUCGAUUGGCUCGAGGGAACGCACUACGAUUGGAGAAACUUUGAAGCGAGAUAGUGUCAAGCCAGUCGAAGGGGAAGCUUGUGAAAAAAGAAACAUCGACUCGUCGAGGGUUGAGGAAUCGACGGAACAGAUGGAGCCACGAAAAUCAGAGAAAUCGAGCGAAUUUCCAAUGGCUCGAGAAAGGUUGAUAAAACAAAAGCCUUUAGCACCGCGACCGGGAGUCAAAGUGCCAGGGAUUUUGUUGACCAGUCCAAUAGUUUCGAAAAGCGCCGUUUCGAAAGUCCUCAAAGAGCGCAUACGCGAACAACAAAAAGAAUUCGAUUCGCCGACCAAGCCUGAUUUGUUUUUCGUUAAAAAAAUAACGCAACGCUUGUCGCACAAACUUGCAGCGGCUUCGGCAGCUCAAGUACCUGGACUUUUGCCGAUACCACAAAUAAGCAAAAGCUCAUCGACUACGAGCGAGGUUAAAAAAACGACGAGCAACGUGGACAAAGAAUUGCUCGCAAUAUUGGAAGGCGACGUUGACCCUGAUUGGUCGAAUUUAAAAGUGCCAAAUUCCGUGGUCGAGGAAGCCAAAUCCGGAGCAGCAGCGGAACGAAACACUUCGACAAAGUUGGAUCCGGUGAUCGAGCGAGAAAUGGCUCUCAAACAACUUCUCGAAUUGCCGAGUAGUCCUUCGAAAAAAGUAGCGAUAAAGAAAACUCCGACGAAGGCUCCCCGGACCAAAGCACCCAAUGUAACGAAGCCGAAGGACACACCGGCUCAAAUCAGCGGAAUUAUUGGAGAGGGAGAAACAACGACGACGAUGACGGUGUCGAACGUGAUGAACCCCGAAUCCACAUUCAAAGAGGAUUCCAUGGAUUCGAAUCUGUCGUCACAAGAGUAUAAAUCUGACGAAACGAGGUCAGGCAGAAAACGGAAACCGACGGAGAAGGCCCGAGAACACGAAAACAGUACGAAACGUAUGAAAGUGUCAAAGGGUAAAACAUCGUUGAACAAACGAAAGAGUCAAGAAGAUGAGCAAUCUCCCACGAUCAAUGAUUCGGCGAUUCGUAAAAAUGAAACAAUCGACGAAAGUGUGUCGGAGAAAUUCGACGAGGUAGCAAAAAAACACAUCGACGAGACAACGCUCGAGAGCCCGUUGGAUUCUCACAACGAGGAGUCGAGUUCUGAGCCCAUUAAUAAAAAAGUCGUUUUGAAGCCGAGCACCAAAAGAAAAAUGCCAACUGGCCAAGCGAAACAAAAAAUAACGAUUAGCAAAAAAUCUACAGUGGGCAAAAUUACGAAAGGUAUCGCCAAAAAGACUGGGACCAAAAUGGCAACUGGGAAAGGACAGAAACAGCGUAACGGCGAAACUUCACAAGCAGAAGGUAAACCAAAGAAAAAAGUGAUCAACGAGAUCGACAGGUUGCUGCAAGACGAGGGCGUCGUUAACCUUCUCUACGACGUGGAGCAACCAGAUAAAAAGCGUUUAGUACCGAUUACAAAAUCACAAACUAAAGUGAUGGAUCUGCAAAAGAUUCAACGAGAGUUAAAAAUUCGUACGAAACUUGUACGCAACGCCGUUCUCAGGCUGCGAACGUCAAAUAUUCCGACGAAUAAGGUAUCGCCGCGAUCGAAAAGAUCGAUUUCUCACAGCAGCGAUUUUUACGCAGAGAAAAAAACGAGCGAUUCGAAAAUCGCAUUGCCAACGUCACCCACCGAUUUCAUAUACCCAGCGAAAAUUCGUAACGCAGCGGAUGCUUCGGUUAUCAUAAGAAGGCAUUCGUCCAGCUCGUUUUCAAGUGCAUCCGUGAGUCCGAGAGCGAGUAUCGAUGGACCUGAACGCCUAUCGAUCGACGAUGUGAAUUCAACGUCUCAUGCCCUGAGAUCCAACAAGCGUCGACUUUCACACGAGGAUGAGAAGAAAAAGAAAAAACCCAAACAAUCACCCGAACCUAAAAAGAACCGACGAAAAAUUACUGAGCGAUCUGAAUCCGAAACGAAAUCUAACGAGGACGAAGCUGUACCAAUUUUCAACGUUCCGUUGAAAACCAAUAAAACUGCCGGCUCGACUCCGACCAACUUUUCCACUUCGAGUGACAGUUCUCCCACUUUGACGCCUGUAAAAUUGAAAAAAAUUGAUCUUAAAAAAAAUCAAAAAUCUUUGAAACACCUAACCGUUGAUAUAAUCGACAUCGAUGAAAACAUUGCCGGAAACUCCGGUAAAGUCGCAACCAGAUCCAAUGCAUCGUUGACUACGAGCGCUGGAAAAAUAAUAUCAAAAAGUAAGAAACCGGCCAAGUGCAAAGUCACCUUUGCCAAAGGAAACGAAUCGGUUUAUAAAAAAAUGGACUCGCCCGGACAACAAGACGAAUUGUCUGCUUGUUUGGCCGAGGCGGUCACCGCACUCUCGAACGACAGUGGAGGGUCUUCCCGAAGCAGAAGUACCGUCCCUGUCAAUCGUAACAAAACCAAAGGUAAUCCGAGCAGUGUUGCGAAGAGUUUGGAUUUCGAUGAGAAACAAUUCAACACAGAACCUAGAGUACAAUUUAGCAAUAAUGAAAUAACGGUUCAGCGUCACGGCAAACUCGUGCAAUUGUUAUUGACCCCCUCGACCUCGACGAAAAUACGAAACGGAAUAACUCUUCAGGUGAUGCAAGAAAUUCGAGAAAAUCUCUCGAUACUGAAAAAAGAUGAGGAGUGUCGAGUCGUUUUAUUGACAUCGACGGGUACGAGUUUUUGUGAGGGACUCGAACUCUCAACUCUUUUGCACGAAGAGAAGGAUGAGAGACGUCAACGUGCCGAGGAACUCGCCAACGCUGUCAAAGAAUUUAUUAAGAGUUUGGCAACAUUUAACAAGCCAAUCGUCGCAGGAGUUCAAGGCACCGCGAUUGGCCUUGGAGUUACGAUGUUGCCCUGGUUCGAUCUUGUAAUUGCGAGUGACAAAGCGACUUUCAGUACUCCUUACGGAAAACUUGGACAAAUUGCCGAAGGAGCUGCUGUUUUCACACUUUCACACAUUCUUGGAAGCUCGGUCACGAGCGAACUUCUGUUGGGCGGUCGAACCUUAACAGCUAACGAGGCACUCCGAGCAGGUUUAGUGACGAGAGUCCUUUGGCCGGACCGCUUCAAGGACGAGCUUUUACCAUCGUUACGAGCCAUGAGCGAACAGUCGUCUCAGUCAAUGGAAGCAACGAAGGCCCUGCUUCGUCACAACUUGAGAAAAAAAUUGGACGCCGCUCUUGAAUCGGAGAGUUAUCUGUUGGUUCAACACUGGUGUUCGGCCGAGUGUCAAGCAGCGAUAACGGCUUAUGUCGACGAGAAGAUUCAGUGAGCAAAUGACUAAUUGCAGAAUAGAUUUGUUAUAUAAGUGGUAAAAAAUGGGGGGGAUCUCUGAGAAUUUAUACAAAAAGAGGCGUUCCCAAAAGCAAUCGGAUGCAGAUUAAAAUUAUAUAUAUAAAUACCAACGUAAAUAUAUAUAUAUAAUAAUAAUAACGAUUGAAUGAAAUAACGAUUUGUAGAUAAACAAUCAGCUCAAGUCUCGGCUGUAUUUUGAAUGAUGAAGAAAACUAAUGAUUUUAACGAAUGAAUUGUAUACGCCUCAUGACGUAAUGAAAAUGAAUUUGAAUGACGAGUGACGAAUCAAUGAGCGCGCUGUCGGAUCGUAAAUUAAAUUGAAAAAUGUUAUGUAAAAUACGAAUAUUGGGAAAAAAAAGAGGUAAGACGAUAAAUUAUAAUGGAAUCGUCGACAUAAAUACUUGGAGAAACUAUUGUGGCCUUUGCGACCACCCUAGAAUAAUCCGAUGCACACCGAGGCAUUUCAUGCCUCGUAAUAUUUUCCACGAAACCACAGCAACAAUAAUAACAGUAAUAUAACAACAAAAAUAACAAUGAUGAUGAUAAUAUAAUUGAGAAAAUUAACACGUUAAUUAUACAAUGGAAUCAGAAGCAAUUAUAGUUGUAUGUCAUUGCACUAUUAUUUUAUUAACUGAGCGAUGAUUAUGCAAUCGCUUGAAUGAGAUGAACUAUUUUAUUAAUAGCUUUCUAUUAGGUAAAAAAUAAUUAGAUAAUUGUGGGUCCUCGAGCAUGUAUUCUAUACGCGUCAAUACCUUUGUGUUGUAUUCAUACGAUGUAACGCAUGAUCAUGUGACAUUACGCGAGAACUGUUCUUUUUGCCGCAUUUUAUUAUUGUUAGAAUAUAAAAUAAAUUUAAUCGAAGAUCAAUAAAAAAAAAACAAAAACAAAGGGGAAAUAUUAAAGCGAAA